ACGGAGUUUCACUCUUGUUGCCCAGGCUGGAAUGCAAUGAUGCGAUCUCGGCUCACAGCAACCUCUGCCUCCCAGGUUCAAGCGAAUCUCCUGCGUCAGCCUGCCAAUUAGCUGAGAUUACAGGCAUGAACCACCAUGCCUGGCUAAUUUUGUAUUUUUAGGAGAGACGGGGUUUCUCCAUGUUGGUCAGGCUGGUCUUGAACUCCCGACCUCAGGUGAUCCGCCUGCCUCGGCCUCCCAAAGUGCUGGGAUUACAGGCAUGAGCCACCGCGCCCGGCCCGGUUUAACGUGUGACCCUAAAGAACUGGAAACCCAAAGGAACCAAUAUUCCUGCCCCACAGAGUCCCAUCUUUAGUGAGGCUGUUUCUGGAGUUUAUAUGAUGACCAAGGUACUAGGCAUGGCCCCAGUUCUGGGCCCUAGGCCUCCACAGGAGCAGGUGGGGCCUCUGAUGGUAAAAGUCGAGGAGAAAGAAGAGAAAGGCAAGUGCCUUCCUAGCCUGGAGAUGUUCCGCCAGCGGUUCAGGCAGUUUGGGUACCAUGACACCCCCGGGCCCCGAGAGGCCCUGAGCCAGCUCCGGGUGCUCUGCUGUGAGUGGCUGAGGCCCGAGAUCCACACCAAGGAGCAGAUUCUGGAGCUACUGGUGCUGGAGCAGUUCCUGACCAUCCUGCCCCAGGAGCUCCAGGCGUGGGUGCAGGAACACUGCCCGGAGAGCGCUGAAGAGGCUGUCACUCUCCUCGAAGAUCUGGAGCGGGAACUGGAUGAGCCAGGACACCAGGUCUCAACUCCUCCAAAUGAACAGAAGCCGGUAUGGGAGAAGAUAUCCUCCUCGGGAACCGCAAAGGAAUCCCCGAGCAGCGUGCAGCCACAGCCCUUGGAGACCAGUCACAAAUACGAGUCUUGGGGGCCCCUGUACAUCCAAGAGACUGGUGAGGAGCAGGAGUUCACUCAAGAUCCGAGAAAGACCCGAGAUUGCAGAUUGAGUACCCAGCAUGAGGAAUCAGCAGAUGAGCAGAAAGGUUCUGAAGCAGAUGGGCUCAAAGGGGAUAUAAUUUCUGUGAUUAUCGCCAAUAAACCUGAGGCCAGGUUAGAGAGGCAGUGCGUAAAACUUGAAAAUGAAAAAGGAGCAAAACCCCCUCUUCAAGAGUCAGGCUCCAAGAAAGGUAGAGAAUCAGUUCCUACUAAACCUACCCCAGGAGAGAGACGUUAUAUAUGUGCUGAGUGUGGCAAAGCCUUUAGUAAUAGCUCAAAUCUCACCAAACACCGGAGAACACACACUGGGGAGAAACCUUACGUGUGCACCAAGUGUGGGAAAGCUUUCAGCCACAGCUCAAACCUCACCCUCCACUACAGAACACACUUGGUGGACCGGCCCUACGACUGUAAGUGUGGAAAAGCCUUUGGGCAGAGCUCAGACCUUCUUAAACAUCAGAGAAUGCACACCGAGGAGGCGCCGUAUCAGUGCAAAGAUUGUGGCAAGGCUUUCAGUGGGAAAGGCAGCCUCAUUCGUCACUAUCGGAUCCACACUGGGGAGAAGCCUUAUCAGUGUAACGAAUGUGGGAAGAGCUUCAGUCAGCACGCGGGCCUCAGCUCCCACCAGAGACUUCACACCGGAGAGAAGCCAUAUAAGUGUAAGGAGUGUGGGAAAGCCUUCAACCACAGCUCCAACUUCAAUAAACACCACAGAAUCCACACUGGGGAAAAGCCCUACUGGUGUCAUCACUGUGGAAAGACCUUCUGUAGCAAGUCCAAUCUUUCCAAACAUCAGCGAGUCCACACUGGAGAGGGAGAAGCACUGUAACUGCCACGUGCGCUCGUGUUGUCGUGGUUGUUUUAAACUUUAGCAUCUGAACACCAGGAAGAAGUCUUGUCGUUGCAGCAGCAUUGAUUCCAGUGAUAGAGUUUGUGUCACUCAACAUUGGGAUGCCUGAGGAGUGAGAGCUCCACAGCAACACGACAGGCAGGAGGUCCUCAGAAGGUGUCGGGAGGUUCCACACUCGCCAGUUCACUGGAGCCAGAGUCCCUUCCCCACACUUAGGGUCCCAGUAAACCAUGCCAGCAUUACCUUUUGCAUAGUUAAACUGAUGUGUAUCCAGUCUAGUUAAGGAAGAAACAUUAAGACUUUAAUUUUUAACAUAUAUUCAAGAAUUUUAAUUUGUAAAGAAUUGAGCCACAUUGAACACAAUUGAAUGAGAUUCAGAAUAAACUUAUAACAUCUUGUAAUGCCUCA